CUUUCUCUCCUCGAAAGUCUCGGUUACGCCCUGUUCUCGUUCCUCUCACUUUUCAUUUACCUUUCCCCAAGUUCGCUCGACUAGUGGAGCCGAUUUUAUCUCGCCUGUUUUUAUCAAGUAAUUCACGUUUCCUUUAAUCGAUAAAAUGAAAUGAAAAUCCCACCCCAACGUCCCAGCUUCCUUUUUCGAACUUAGGUCUUAGACGUCUCCAUGGACCGCCUUAUGAUUCCGUCGAUCUUACGGCCAGAUUAUACCUGGCCAUGGCGGAUGCAGUCUGCAAUCCAGCAGACCACCCCUCAAGUGCCAGCUGGACCCGGCAGAUGCACCAGAAUACUCUGGGGUAUCGUUCACAAGUUCCUUUAUUACUUCUCUCAAUGGUACUGCUCUUGGUUCGGUCUUCUAUUCGAUGCAAAUAUUAUUCAAUUACCAUUUGGGCUUGUUAUGAAAUGGACGGACCGGACGAGCGUCGAGGAGGCCGUUUCAAUGCAAAUGGCGAGAUCUGCUGGAAUGCCUGUACCCAAAGUCAUCAGCUGUGGUGAACACCUAGAUGCCCCUUUUAACCGAAGAUUUUCUAUCUUGAUGACAAGGCUACCUGGUGUACCCCUUGAGAACUCGAACGAUAGACUACAGAUUGAUGCCGAGGAGCCUUGGCUGGAAGAGUUGAAAUCAUGUAUCACCUCUAUGCGAUCGUGGCGCUCUCCAGGGUCAGAGACGAUUUGCUCUGCUAUUGGAACCCGCCUACGGAGUUCACGUGUUCCUGGGCACAUGAUGGGUCCUUUUUCCAGCGUGGAGGCUUUUUACAACUAUCUUUUCGCUCCGGCUUCAGCCCAUGCAUUCAAAUCCGACACCGGAUACCAAAUGGCUCUGUCACGCGCAAAAAGAUUACAGAGCCAUAAACAUAGGAUAGUGUUCACUCAUGGGGAUUUCAAAGCGCACAACAUUCUUGUCGAUGACGAUGGACAUUUAUCAGGGUUUCUCGACUGGGAAUCUGCAGGCUGGUAUCCCGAAUACUGGGAAUUUACUACGGCUAUGCGCUUUGGGAAAGACAGCUGGUGGUUCCAAGUUGCCUCUUGGAUGGGUGGAGCACAAUAUUUGGACGAGUUGGAAUCCGAUGUGGCUCUAAAUCUAUUAACAGUUGACUCUUAUAUAGCCCUUUAGUGACUGGGGCUUCUAGACAUUAAGUUGGUAAUGUGAAGGCUAAGAGGCAUGCACACAUUGGCUGAAUGGAUUCGGAUAACGAUUGCGAGUUAUAAACAAGAGAGCAGAAAAAAAAAAAAAAAA